UGUCAGCAAUGUGUAAGACUUGCUGCCACUCGUCACUCAAAUGCUGAUCGGUACAACUUGGCGUGCUUGCUUAUUUGUUUGUUUGUAAGGUCAAUUUAUAUCCAGCCGCAACCUAUUUCCUUGUAAAAGAAAGAAGGGCCCCUCAACUCAGUCUUCUUCAUUGUAUCUUUCAAUUCUGUCAUGAGCCGGGGGUCUAGGUAUGAACUGCGUACACUUUAUCCUCCUCAGAUUUCAUUUUGAGGAAAUACACUGAGUAUGUUGUUGUUGCAUUGUAUCUUUCAAAGACCCCCAGAAUAAGUAGGAAGGCAGAGCAAGAGGUCUUGAAGUCUACCCGGUGUGGUCUUUGAAUUGUUUACGGUCGUCUCUUUAAUUUUUUAUCAAGGUCAAAUACAUUCACAACCCCUAAAAGUUGUUACCAUCUUUCAUUUUGAUAAUCCUAAACCUAUUAGACCCUCUUAACUUCAGUUAAUGUGUGUGUAGUAAAACACGCACUUGCCAAGAGGCCGGUGCCUCUUUUGUUGAACUGAGGACAAUUGAUUUAAUUCAACAUAUUUUAAGAAGCAACUUUAGGGAAAGAAAACAGAUAUUGUUGAUACUUGAGCUAAGCAGGAAAUUUACUCGUUUCUUUUAAUUGAAAACUAAAUAGGUUAAGUUGAGUAUCAACAACUAACAUCAAAAUAAAGCAGUAUUACUAUAAUGCGUCCUAUGAUAUGGUGGACCAACAUAGGUAAUCUUCGAAUAAAAAAUUAGUACCGUCUUAUUACUUGUUUGAUUGCUAAUUCAAAAUACGUUAAAUCAAAAAUAGUAGCAGUAUAAAGUCGAAAGUUAUCCUCCAGAAUAAUGAAAAUAACAAAAAUAUCUUUGUUGUUUGGUAUGCGGAUAGGACGCAUAUCCAUGAGACUGUUUUAUCCUACCUUCCAUAUGAGACAAUAAUUUCAUCAUUUUCGUACAAAUAACUCCCAUCAAACAUGACAUAAAGUUAAAUUCAAAGUUUAUCCAAUCAAACCAAACGACCCCUAGAGACUUUAACUGGGACUUUCCCCCGUAAAUUCAACAAGCAAAUUCCAUUGCCCGCCAAUUCUCCCGGGAAGAAACAAUGACCGUUAGAUUCAAAAAUUCGAAACAAACCCUCUCCCUUUCUUCCGAAUACGUUAACAAAUUCAUCAAAACUCAAAUAAACCUUUCGAAACUCACUCCAAAACUGUGGUCUAAUAAUCGUGAUCAUGAUCAUGUUGAAUCUUUCGACUCAUACAGCAAUGGGGUUGUACAUAUUUUGACUUCAGGCCACCCAAUUUUACGAAUGCUAGAUUCUUGCACAGCGAAAUUGAGACAGUUUAAUCAAGUACAUGGACAACUCGUUGUUAGGGGUAUUUUUCAACACCCUUUAGCUGCUGGUAGAGUUAUGAUGAAACUUUGCUCUUCAAGAUCCACUUUGCAUCAUGCUGUAAAGAUUUUUGAGAAUCUUGAAACCCCAGAUGCGUUUAUUUGUAAUACGAUUAUGAAAAGUUAUGUGAAUUUUGAUGAUCAAGAAAAGUGUUUGGGGUUUUAUGCUGAUCAGAUGGUUAAAAAUGGGAUUUUUCAGAAUCAUUAUACAUUUCCGAUAUUGGUUAAGGCUUGUGCUGAUUUGGGGAGGGUAAAAGAAGGGGAAAUGAUUCAUGGUCAUAUAGUGAAAUGUGGGUUUGAGUUGGAUUUGUAUAUUAGGAAUGUUUUGAUUCAUAUGUAUUCAGUUUGUUAUCGGAUUGGUGAUGCACGGAAGGUGUUUGAUUUAAGUUCUGACUCGGAUUUGGUGACGUGGAAUACUAUGAUUGACGGGUAUGUGAAGAAUGGUGAAGUGAAUUAUGCGCGUUGUGUUUUUGAUGUAAUGCCUGAAAGGGAUAUUUUUAGUUGGAAUUCUAUGUUAUCGGGAUAUGUGGGGAUUGGAGAUAUGGAAGCUGCAAAUUUACUGUUUAGGGAGAUGCCUUCGAGGGAUAUUGUUUCUUGGAAUUGUUUGCUUGAUGGAUAUGCAAGGACUGGAAAUGUAGUAGCUGCUCGUGCUCUGUUUGAGCAGAUGGAUUAUCGGAAUGUAGUUUCUUGGACUACUUUAAUGGCUCUUUAUGUGCGGUUGAAGGACUAUACGGGGUGUUUGGCAUUGUUUGAUAUUAUGAUGCAAGACAGAGAUAUUCAGCCAAAUGAGGCAAUCCUUAUGAGUGUUUUGACUGCUUGUGGACAUUUAGGGAGACUUGAUCGAGGAAAGUGGAUACAUUCAUAUAUAAGAUACAAUGGAAGCAUUAAGCCUGACGUGUUGCUCUCGACUUCCCUAUUGACAAUGUAUGCUAAGUGCUGUGAGAUGGAUUUGGCGAAGGAGGUAUUUGCUGAGAUGCCAGAGAAAAGUGUUGUAUCAUGGAACUCUAUGAUCAUGGGUUUCGGAACCCAAGGGCACGCUGAGGAAGCACUUGAAACAUUCUUGGAGAUGGAAAAAAGUGGAGUGAUGCCUAAUGGUGCUACAUUCAUUUGUGUUCUAAGUGCAUGUACUCAUUCAGGGAUGGUAUUAGAGGGCUGGUGGUAUUUUAAUGUGAUGACUAGAAUUUAUAGAAUAGAGCCGAAAGUUGAGCACUACGGCUGCAUGAUUGAUCUUCUUGGGCGGGCUGGUUUGAUGAGAGACUCUGAAGACCUCAUCAAGAAUAUGCCCAUGGACUCUGGACCUGCCUUAUGGGGAGCUUUGCUUUCAGCUUGCAAGACCCACUCAAAUCUGGAACUUGGUGAGAUCAUCGCCAAGAGAUUAAUUGAGAGGGACCCAGAGGAUAUUGGAUCCUAUGUGCUUCUAUCCAACAUAUAUGCUACACAAGAGAGGUGGGAUGACGUGGAGAAGGUGAGAAAAAUGAUGGUUGUAAACGGUAUUAGAAAGGAAGCAGGAUCUAGCCUAGUCCAAUUUGCAAACUCGGACAUGUGGUGUUUUCCAGAAAAUGUUUCAGUACAUAAGAGAAUUAUGAUGUAUUCCAUGUUGAGUGAGAUGGGAGCUCAGAUCAAAUGCCAGAAUGAAAGAUGAUGGAAUGGAGGAACUAGACUAUAAUGGAAUCAACAACAGAGACAUGGAUGCCAGUAGCAAAUUGAGGACAUCAAACUCGCAGAGCAAAACUGCAACAGCUUCCGAGCUAAGACUACGUUUCUUUGCAUAUUUCUGGUACAGCAGAAAAUCAAUCAUGCUGUAGCUGUACAUUAUGCUUGUUUGAACGUCUACAACUGACCUGCAACUUUUAUGGUGGGAAGAAGACUGACAACUGGAAUAGAGAAAGCGAACAUCAUUGAUGUGGAAUUCUUGGAAGUUAAAAUUUUUAAAUUGGUUGAGAUAUCCUCAGAUUGAAGAAAAACCACUAGUGGAUAACUUAAGAUCAUCACACAUUGCAGUGAAAUCCCAAAAUUGGCAGGAAGGGCAUCUGAAUAAGCUUAGUUUCUUACUUCGGUUUCUUUUUUCCAUAAUAUAUCUGAAGAUUCUUCAGAUUGAGAUAGCUGAUGUAGCUGUCUUCUAUUGUAUCUGUAACUAUCACAGUUUUUCCCCUUUGUCUGUAACAACCACAGCUACUGUAGUAUGUUUACAGUUAA